AUGACCAUGUCUGCUUUCACAGCUCUGGUCCCAUGUCUUCUUGCCUUUUCAGUGAUCUCUGCAGACCUCGGCUCCACAGGUCUAAAUGUGUAUUAUUUACAAAACCAGGACAUCCGUUUGGAUCAGGACCUCCGUCUGGACCAGGACCAGAAUCUCCGCCUGGAGUCCUGGACUUUUGAGAGUCCUGAUCCCUCUGCUUCCCCUGGUUCCUCUGGGUUUUCCUCAGAUGUCCUGUUGUCUCGGUCAGAGUCGGGUCGAGCCAUGAGGAGGAAGAGGAACAUUUUGUUUCCAAACGGAGUCAAACUUUGCACCAAAGAGACGUACGAACAAGUGGUGAACAACCACCUGCAGUACUUCUACCUGCGCGUCUGCCAAGAGACCGUGUGGGAGGCCUUCAGAGUCUUUUGGGACCGUCUUCCAGAGAGAGACGAGUACAGACUGUGGGUGAAUCUGUGUCUGAAUCAGACUCUGGACAUCAGGGGCAUCGGACUGAACUUCAGCCAAGACCAGGAGCACAGGCGGCUAAUCCUGAGCAGACUGAACUCUGCUGCUGUGAACAGUUCUGGUUCAGAGUCCACACCUGCAGCUCCAGUGACAGUUGAUGAAACCAAUCGACCCCAAAUCGAAUCCACUUCUCAGACUCUAGUCCCAGAACUGAACCAGGACCGGAGUCCAAAUGGACCCGGACCUAAACCCGAACCCGGAUCACAGAGUUCUGAGAUUCCCCCAGAUUCCCCGACUCUCACCAUUCAACAGGAGAUCCAGCAGUUCUUUCAAACCACAGACCGAACCAUCACAGACCGGCCUAUCCCUGAUCAGACCAUCAUAGACCAGACCAUCCCAGACUGGACCAUCACGGACCAGACCGGACCAGACCAGACCAUCCCAGACCAGGCCCCUCCAUCUGUGCGUCUCUCUUUAUCUGAAGCAACAUCAAAAACACUGCCUGAAGAUCAGGAGGAACCUCCUCUAGAACCGAUCAGAACUCAGCAGGAUCCAUCAGACAGAGCUGACCUUCAGACCGUCUCUCCUCACAGGGACAGUCUGAGGAAACCAGUCCAGGACUUUGGACCAUCUCCAACGACGCCUGGAUUGGAGCUCCUCUCUGCUGAAGUCCAACCAACGCUCCUCCCUCUGCAGACGACGUCUGCUCCUGAGAUUCAAGAGGAGGUCCAAGAGGAGGUCCAAGAGGCGGUCCAAGAGGAGGUCCAAGAGGAGAUUCAAGAGGAGGUCCAGGAGGAGAUUCAAGAGGAGGUCCAGGAGGAGAUUCAAGAGGAGGUCACACAGGAGAUUCAAGAGGAGGUCACACAGGAGGUCCAAGAGGAGGCUCCAACACACAAGGUUCUCCUCCAGGUGGAGGCUCCAACAGAUCAGGCUGCGGAUCUAUUGGACCAGGUGGAGGUCCAAGAGGAGGUCCAAGAGGAGGUCCAAGAGGAUUCACAUCCACAGGUGUCUGAAAGCUCUGCCCACAAACCUUCACAAGACGAUUCAGUUUCAGAAGACGUUGUUUUGCAGCCGACGUUUGCAGCGACUGGAGCCGUGAGUCCAGAUCUGAGAUCUGAGACCACGAGGAGCCCGGGGACACAGACCAUGAGGAGCCCAGAGACACAGACCAUGAGGAGCCCGGAGACACAGACCAUGAGGAGCACAGAGACAGAGACCAUGAGGAGCCCGGAGACACAGACCAUGAGGAGCACAGAGACAGAGACCAUGAGGAGCCCGGAGACACAGACCAUGAGGAGCACAGAGGCUUCAGGAGGAGACGAGAAUGUCUCCAAACAGAUCUCCUACUGCAGAGAGGACCAGGACCAGCAGACGGACCAGCAGAGGGACCAGCAGUGGGACCAGCAGACGGAUCAGCAGACGGACCAGCAGAGGGACCAGCAGAGGGACCAACAGUGGGACCAACAGUGGGACCAGCAGAGGGACCAACAGAGGGACCAACAGAGGGACCAGCAGAGGGACCAGCAGAGGGACCAGCAGAGGGACCAGCAGAGGGACAAGCAGAGGGACCAACAGACGGACCAGCAGACGGACCAGCAGAGGGACCAACACCUGAAGCCUGAGAGACCAGAGCGAGAUGGAAGUGAGACUGAGCAGAAUGGCGGCUUUGUGAACAAAGUGGAAGAACCAGAAGAAGACGUGAAGAAAGACGAGGAGACGAGGACUGACCAAGAUGGCGGCGUGGAGGGUGCGGGCACAGACCAGACUCAGGUCACCGUGGCGAACGUGAUCGAAUACAACAAUGGAAACUUUGAUGACGUCACAGAGCCGAGUCUGGACCUGGACCUGGUCCAGAACCGGUUUGGAGCCGAGGACGAGGACACGAUGGGGAAUGAGAUUGGCCUUGUGGAGCUAAGACCUCUCAGACCCUCAGACCAGGUCCUGGACCUGAGCCUCAGACUCCGAGAUGAGACCUACACCGACGCCUUGAGAAACCCCAGUAGUCCCCAGUACCAGAGACUGGAGAAAGGAGUCACCAGGAGGAUCCUGGAGGCCUUCCAUCGUCUUCCUGGUUUCAAACAUGUCCAUGUGGUGGAGUUCAGGCCUCAGAAGGAUCUGGAGCGGGGUCUGGUGGUCUCGGUCCACUACACAGUGACUCUAGAGGUGGCCCCUGGGGGCCUCUCUAACGACACAGUGGACCUCAUUGCGCAGCAAAAGGACCAGGUGGAGAAGAACCAGGUGGAGAAGAACCAGGUGGAGAAGGGCUUCCUGCAGUCAGAGCAGCCAACGGUCCUCUACACCAUCUCUGAGUUUGGGAACUAUAUCACAGAGGCUCUGCACCUGCACGAGAACCUGCUGCCCACGGCUAAACCCACCACACCACCCUCAGACAACAUGGACAACGUGUUGGCCGCAGAAAAACCCCCUGAUGCCCCGCCACAGCAGGAGCAGGACAAACCCCCUGAUGCCCCGCCACAGCAGGAGCAGGACAAACCCCCUGAUGCCCCGCCACAGCAGGAGCAGGACAAACCCCCUGAUGCCCCGCCACAGCAGCUGCUUCUGAACAAAGAGGACUUUUUCCUUGCUGAGACUGCUGCUCGAACGCCAACCACAGGAUACGCUGCUGAAGACUCGGCCUUGGACUCGGCCCUGGACUCAGCCCUGGACUCAGCCCUGGACUCAGCCCUGGACUCAGCCCUGGACUCAGCCCUGGACUCAGCCCUGGACGACACUUUGGGCUCAGGUUUCUCUGGAGAAGGUCCGGUUCAACUCAGUCCAGAUCCAGGUCACAUCCAGACCACGAACCCAGAAGUCCUGCCUCCUCCGGAUCUGGAGACAGAGGACGAGACCGAAGAGACUGACGAGACCGAAAACCUACUGGAAAUCCAAGACUUCCUCCUGUCAGUCCUGAGGACAGACCCGGUCCCCGCUGUCAGAGAAAGUGAAACUGAAACCUUUACAGCUGGAGCUGCAGAACCUACAGAAGGCUCUCUGACUGUUCCUCUCAGUGUCGUGACCUUCACCACAGAGAAUCCAGAUUAUUAUUCUGAAGGAACCGUAACCUUUGAACUGUUGGAGCCCUUCACACACCAAACACGAGCAGUUACAGAGAUACCAGCACUGAAUGUGGCAGAGGAUCCAGCAGAAGACCAGGGUUUGGAUCCUCCUCAGGUCUACGAUGUUGUGGAAGAACCAGAAAUAAAGACCAUGACUCCCUUCACUCCCAUGAGUCCAAACAAACCAGGACAGGUGCAACAAUCCACUGAGACACCAGUAACAGAACUCCAGAGUUCUGCCAAAGACCUGGAGGUCCUGGACCAGCAGCUGAUGGAAGAACCUGCAAAUCCACCAGUUCAAACUGAACUUUCUGGACUUCCUAAUGAAGAUAUGAACAUGGACCAAGUCAUCGCAGAAAAGCAGAAUCGUUACGUCCUACACAGUGAAGUGAACGAUGUCCCAAAAACUACAACCAUGGCUCCUCACAUAGUUCCAAAAACUACAACAAUGGCUCCUCCUAGAGUCCCCUCUGCCCGGACGCCUGAGGACCAGGAACCUUCUGAAUUCUCUGAGAACAUGGUGAAAGUACAAACUCCCAAAGCUCCAACUGCAGAGGCUCCAUGGACUACAACUCUGCAGCUGCAUGAAACUACAAAGAUGGCCACCACUGCAUCCUCUUACGUCAUCUCUGAGCCAGAAAAGGACUCUCCAUUCACACGAGUUUCAGAUUCGUUCCUGGAGUACGAGGAUGAGACGCCGGUUAGCACGCUAACGCUAACGACGCUGGUCCCGACAGUGGAGUCCAUAGAAGUGAUACCAGAAAUCCACACACAGACAUCACCUGGUACCAGCUCAAGUCAAAGCAGUCCUGUGCAUGGAGCGGUGAAACCAUUUGGACCAAAACAAGAUAAUUUUGAAGGAUCAACUCUAGAUUCUGAGACUGGAACGACUUUAGAGCCGAGUGAGAGUCCUCAAGUGGAGGUGAUCAUCUACUCUGUCCUGUCCACUGCUGGAACCGUGUUUCCUGUGGAGGAGGCCAAUCUCCACGUUGCUUUUCCAAAUCACAGGCUUCAGACCGAGGCCCCGACUUUGGCUCUGAACCUGGAGAGAGAGACAGAAGGAUCCAAGAUGGCCGCCGAAUUCAACCAGAUCAGGAUCACCGCAACAGUUUCCAGUACGUCACAAUCUGAUUCUGCCUCUCCAGUGGAAGAGUCCCGGUUCUCUUCAGAAGUUAGUACCAACCACAGCGACAAAGAUGGCCGUCGCUGA